AUGACCUGCAAUGACAAGGACCUAGAACAGGCCAUCUUCAUCCUAGUUGGCAUCCUUGGGCUGGAGACCUUUCCCUGCUGGAUUGCCAUCCAGCUCUGCUCCAUGAGAGUCCUGACCCUCCUAGGGAACUGCACAAUGCUGCUCAUCAUCAAGACAGAGGUGAGCCUCCUCACACCCAUGUACUUUUUCCUCUCUAUGCUGGCCAUCAAUGACCCACUGAUCAUCACCUCCACCCUGCCCAAAAUGCUCAGCAUCCUCAGACUGGAUUCCCAGUUGAUCAGCUUCAACACUUGCCUGCUGCAGUUGUAUUUCACCCACACCUCCCACAUCAUCAAAUCUGGCACCCCCUUGGCCACAGCCUGCGUCCCCACCUUGAGGCUGCCCUACUGCUUCCAGCAGGUCAUCCCACGCACCCACUGCAAGCCCACAGCCGGGGUGAAGCUGGCAUGUGCAGACACCGGACUCAGCCAGAUCUACGGUAUCUCCGUGGCACUGCUGGUGGUGGGGCUGGACAUGAUACUUGUUGCCACCACCUACUCCGUCAUCCUCAGGGUUGUCUUCACACUCUUGUUGAGUGAGGCUAACGGUAAGGCCCUGGCAACCUGCACAGCCUACCUCUGCACCCUCCUGGUUUUAUGCACAUCUCCCCUCUUCACCUUCCUGACCCACUGCAUCAACAGAGACAUGCCCCCUUAUAGCCACAUCCUGCUGGUGAGCAUCUACCUCCUGGUGCUGCCCCUGGUAAAUCCGCUGGUGUGUGGCAUGAAGACCAAGAAGAUCCGUGACCGGGUGAGCAACAUUGUCAACCAUGGCCAGAAGACAGCUGCAAAGCCUUAA